GUCUCCCCUAUGUACUAGUACCAUCAUAACAAUCUAGUACUAGUUUAGAAACAGGAGAGUAUAGUCACCUCGCCUCCACUUUGAUCCACCUCAACUUGCAAUUAAACAGAGUAACUGGGAAACUGUUUUGGCCGGAGUAGAAAACUUGCAAAGUUAAAAAGCCGUAUUGGAGAAUCAAUGGUAAACAAGGGUUAAUGUUACAGAGAUUAUGGAGUCUGUUGGUUCAUCAACUCAUAAGAAGCAUAAGGCAAAAGAUGAUAUAAUAAGCGAUCUACCUGAAUCACUUAUAACUCACAUUCUCUCGUUUCUCCCCACAAAAGAUGCUGUUCGUACAAGUGUGUUGUCUAAAAGAUGGAUUGAAAAGUGGACAUUCAUCACCAAGGUGGAGUUAAACGAUAGUGUGUUCUAUUCUUCCAAGAGGAAGAAAUCUGAGAGGAAAACACUCAAACAGUGCUUUAUAAACUUUGUCAAUAGAGUACUUCUUCUUACCGGAAGUCACAGUGUGGAAAGUUUUUCUCUUGUUAUUACUAAUAAAUAUGAUCCAACAGUUCUAAAUACCUUGAUCACUUUCAUCUUGAAGAAAAGGAUAAAAAGACUUUCUAUCUCUUCGCGUGAAGAACUCACCUUCUCUACUCUAACAUCUCACUACCUUUUCAAUCAUGCCACUUGUUUAGAAGUGUUGGUGCUCAUGACGCAUUAUUCUUCUCCUAUCAAAAUCCCUAUCUAUAAGAUUUAUGGUGUUUUUCUUUUUACAAGUCUAAAACUUCUCAAGCUGUAUGGAGUUACAUUUACAAUUGACAAAUCUCAGCAGAUUAUUUUUUCAGUAUUGAAAAAGUUUGAGACACACAACUGCUCAUGGUUAAGUGCGGGUGAGGCUGAUGUCACUUUAGAACUAAAAGCACCUCUACUUGAAAGUGUUUCCAUAUUACAAGACUAUAUGCCACCAACUCGUGAGCCGCUCUGCAAAAUCAAAAUUUCUGAUUCAUGCUUGAAAGAAUUCACUUAUCGCGGUGAUGGUAUGUCACAAGCUAUUGUUCUGUCUGAUCAACCUCCAGCUUGCCAUGCUACUUUUACCAUCACUUUGUGUAGAGUUCAAGAAACUGAAUCACGUGUCUCUCCUAUUCUCAAGCAGUUUAGUCAAGUGAAGAGGAUUAAAUUGGAGUUUCGGACACAACCAAAUGUGGCUAUUCUGCCUAAAUUUGCAAUGUUGAGCUAUUUGGAACUUGGCUAUGUUAGUGUUCAAGUUUUGUUGGGCUUAAUUCAAAACUCUCCUACUCUCAAUACUCUACUUUUCAAGGGAAUAUUGACAUCCAACCAUGAGCUUCCCAAUUCUGCUGCUGUGCCAGAUUGUUUGACGUCCAGUCUCCAAGUUGUGAAAUUUGGAGAUGUCUGGGGAAACGAGCAUGAGCUUUUAUUAGCUAAAUAUUUAAUGGAAAAUGGUACAGUGCUUGAGAGGAUGAGUUUCUCCUUUACUGAUGAAUGCUUGGAUGAGCCAAAGGUCAUUGAAGAAUUUAAGGAGAAGCUGUACUCCUUUAAGAAAGGAAUCUCUUUUGCCAUACUUGAAUUUUCAUAUGAUUGUUACUAGUUUGUAGAAACAAGUUGUUCUUGUCUACAAUGUUUCCUUUUGCUUGUUGUAUAUAUAAUGCUAAGAUGCCUACAAUAUGUUUUUUUGGAUACAGCAUAUGCAUAUGAUGUUGCUUGCAAGUAAUUGUCUACAAAUGGUGCUGCAGACUGUAAGAUUGGUUUGUAUAUUAGCAACAACUAGCAAAAAAGUAACUAGUGGUGUCUGUAACAUGGAUGAAAAGGACAAACAAGUUACCAUGUAACAUGUUUAUUUCAGAUAUAAGAAUUCGACUGAGCUCAACAAAUAAUAAAUACAGUGGCCUUUGAACUAAUUAGCAACACAAAAAUUUAACAUCAGUUCAAGGUCCCUUGGCUACUGCCAUUUAUAACACAUUUUAUCUUCAUUUUUUUUACGGUUAAUAAUAUCCAUUAUUUAUUACUGGAUCUUUUGGAAGAAUUUAUAAGAUAUUUAAACAUCAAAGG